GUGACUUUCUUGCAGGUUUUGCAACAGGCGAAUAUCAAGUCCCAAGCAUGCUGGAUCAACCUCGUAAACGCCACGCAAUCAGAAAUGGGCAGUUGUCUUCAGCUAGACACCCUCGCCCAGCUCCUCGUCCAAGACCCAGCCAACAGCUCGUUCGCCGAUUCCGCCUCGACGUACCUCUCGGCGAUGUGUGGUCAAGCGCAAUGUUCCCAGCAAGCGAUCGACGCUUGGAAACCCGCCUUUGACUGGGAUUGCGGGUUGGCAGAGGAUUCGGGGACGCCCUUGGUCCAAGCGCUAGACAUGACCUUGAAGCUGUAUACUUCGGCUUACAGGAACCUGGCGUGCGAUAUUACCUUCAAUGGGACCUCGACAAACUGCCUCGCGGAAGUCCUGAACUCGACCGCAGUCACCAACAACCGGGAUUUCUUCACCAAUAUGAUUUCCGGGAUGAACAUCCAAUGGUACGACCAAUCGUUCUUCGGGGUCAAGUGGUGUACCGGGUGUUAUUACGAGCUCUACAAGGCUGCC